UUUACACUCACUCCGCAAAGUGACACAGAUCAAGAUCAAAAAUAAAAAUGUUUUACCUAACAUUUUACAGGCUUUGAAUGACGUAAUCGCAAUUAUUAUAUACGUGUAUUGAAUCUGCCCUUCUGUCUUAAGCUUUUUUGACCGACCACCAUGGGCAUCCCGAAGUUCUUCAGGUGGAUCAGCGAGAGGUAUCCGUGCCUCAACGAGCUGAUUCACGAACAUCAGGUGCCUGAAUUUGAUAAUCUGUACCUGGAUAUGAAUGGCAUCAUCCACAACUGCUCGCAUCCCAAUGACAACCACAACCAUCGCAUCACCCAAGCAGAAAUCUUCAAGGGCAUUUUUGGCUACUUGGAGAGACUUGUGGGCAUGGUACGUCCACGCAGACUGCUCUUCUUGGCUGUUGAUGGCGUAGCUCCUCGCGCCAAAAUGAACCAGCAGCGAGCCCGGCGUUUCCGAGCUGCCAAAGACGCAGCCUCUCAAGCCGAAAGAGAGAAAAAUGACGAGAAGGCUCAGGGUGACGGGGAGAGAUUUGACUCAAACUGCAUUACUCCGGGUACUGAGUUCAUGGUGCGCUUGCAAAAGCAGUUGGAGUAUUUCCUGCAGGUCAAAAUGAGCACUGACCCAAUCUGGCAGAGACCUAGAAUCGUUCUCUCUGGACAUGAGGUUCCCGGAGAAGGAGAACACAAAAUCAUGGAUUAUAUCAGGUACUUAAAGGCGCAACCAGAAUACGAGCCAACCACAAGACAUUGUCUUUAUGGCUUGGACGCUGACCUGAUGAUGCUUGGUUUGUGCACCCACGAACCAAACUUCUCAUUGUUGAGAGAAGAGGUCAAGUUCUCCUCGCAAGCCACAAAAACUAUCGCCUCUCCUGCCGAAAUAAGAUUCUUCCUUCUGCACUUAUCCCUUUUUCGGGAGUAUUUAGAUCUGGAAUUUUCCCAUCUGAAGUCUCAACUGAAAUUCGGAUAUGAUCUGGAGAGGAUUAUUGACGACUGGAUUGUCAUCUGCUAUCUUGUGGGAAAUGAUUUUCUCCCGCACCUUCCUGGUCUGCACAUUGCCGCAGGUGCUCUGCCUUUGAUGUACAGAAUCUACAUGAGGGUUUUGCCUAAACUGGAUGGCUACCUGAAUGAGGCUGGAACCAUAGCCAUGGACCGCUUUAUAGAAUUCAUGGACGAACUUGGUCAGUACGACUUUGAGGAAUUUGCAAAUAUGAAUCCAGACGUGGAGAUGCCGGAGGAGUAUUACUCUAAAAAGAAAUCCAGUGAUCUUGCCAGCCUGAUGGCUAAUACAGAUUUUCUUGAAGAAAUUGAAGAGGAAGACGAGGCCUGCAAGGUAUUUGGCAAACAUCCCACAAGAGAACUGCCAAAGGAUUCAUUGCAUCUUGAAUUUUACCAGCACAAGCGGCACUACUACACAGAAAAGCUUUGCUACAGUAAUGUUACGGAGGAUGUACUUCAAGAGCAAGCCGAGGCAUAUCUUCGAGGGAUCCAGUGGGUGGCUCAUUAUUACUAUGACGGCGUGUGCUCCUGGUCGUGGUACUACCCCCAUCACUAUGCACCCUAUGCAUCUGAUGUGGCUGCUUACGCCAAAAGACCCAGCAAGGGCUACCACUUCAACAAAGGGAAACCCUUUUUGCCCUUCCAGCAGCUGCUCGGGGUGUUGCCUGCAGCUAGCAGAACCCUCCUACCUCAGGCGUAUCACCCUCUGAUGUUGAUGGACUCGUCUCCCCUCAAGCCGUUUUACCCUGAGGACUUUGACACGGACCUCAACGGCAAAAAGCAGGACUGGGAGGCUGUGGUGCUAAUUCCGUUCAUAGACGAGGUGAAGUUGCUCGAAGCCAUGGCUACUGUGGAGCACAGACUCACUGCUGACGAAAAAGCUAGGAAUAGACAUAGUAUUGCGGUUCAAUUCGACUUCAGCUCUAAAUGCAUUGGUAAAGUGGCAGCCACCGACUACUUCCCCACACUACCUCGGAGCCACGCCUUGGCAUCGCCAGUGCCCGAUUUAGAUGUUCCGCCGCACCUGUUGGUGAAAGGACCCUGUCCCAGAAUAGACAGGAGCCUCUUUGUGCCUGGCUUUCCCACUUUUCGACAUAUGCAGUUUUUGACCAAGUUGGAAUCGAUAGGCGUCAAAGUUUUUGAUUCUCCUGCAGCCAAAGAUAGACCCACUUUGCUCAUCAAAUUAAAAGAGGGUGCUCUGAAAACUGCUGCGGACUUUUUGCAUCUGCUCGGUACACCCGUCUGGGUUAAUUAUCCUCACCUGCAGGAGGCUUUGGUCGAAGCUCUGGUUGACAAAACACGGACUUUGAAACUGAACAAAGUGAAUGGCAACCGGGAAGUGGAAGAGGAGAAAACAGACGAAGCUUAUUUUUCGAAGAUGUCAAAAGCUGUCAAAGAGAGGUACCAGGGCAGAUUAGGAAUUAUUGUUGGAGAUAUUGAAGUGAUGAUGAGGGUCCGAGUAUUAGAGGGCAGAAAAUUUGCGUACUCUGCUCAUGGCAAAGUCACUGUGGAAAAGAAGUGGGGAGCUAAAGAAGAGUGCUGUGCUGUUCAGACCGUUGUCCCUAGUCUCAAAGCAUUGGCUCCACAAAUCUCUCAGUUUGAUACGAUUCAUGAUGUGUUCAAGCCUGAUACUCUCUGUUUUCUAACGCACCCUCAGAAUUACGGAUACACUGCCAAGAUUUUGCCUCCAAAUAAGCCAAACAAAGUUAAUAUUGAAGUGCAAAUACCUCAAGAUCCGCCGUUGGAUGAAAUAAGAAGUGCCAUUCUAUUAACUAGCUCAUCUUACAUGCCGUGUUUGAGUGUGUGCAGAUUUCUUGGUCUACCGGCAGCCAUAAUUUCCAAGAUAUCCGGCAUACUUCUGAUGACCAACCCCAAAGAGUCGAGGAAUAGGAUCAACAUAGGUCUUGGAUUGAAGAUGCACACUCAAAAUAAGGAAAUACCGGGCUUCACAAAGAGAAUUAACGGAGACUGGGUCUACUCCCAGCGAGCCAUAGACCUGAUACGGGACUACAUGUGCGUCUUCCCCGAAAUAUUUAACUACAUGCAGGGAAUGAGAGACAGACCCCAGAACAGGAACGAAUACAUCAAGGCCACUGAUGUCUUCUCUUUGCACAUGAGCGAACGCUUGGACGCUUUGAAAAAGUGGCUUGCGGAACAGCCUGGAAGUACAAUAGAGGCUAGAAGGUGCGAUGCAGAAGCUCUCGAGCCCAAGGACGUCCACGCUCUUGAACAGAUUGUCUCUAGAUGGUCUGAGAGAAAAGUAAAACUAGCUGUCAGAAGGCUCGAAGUUGACCCUCAGUUAUUAUUUAAACCAAUUAUGGAUUUUGGCCCAGUGGUUGUGGAUCCGACCGUGGAAUUUAAGCUCCUUGACAGGGUUGUUAGUGUUAGAGAGGACUUCGCUGUGCCAAUGGGUCUCACAGGCACUGUCAUAGGUGUUGACGAUGAGGAUGAAAACAAGCCGAAGGUCCAGGUUCUGUUUGACUCUGUGUUUCCUCAGGGUCAGGCUUCAUGGGGCUGUGUUGAAAAACGCUGCUUCUGCCUCGGCAAGUCAGACGUCCUGAAUUUGUCACACGGACGGCGCAAACUGACUGCAGUUGCUCCUCCGCCAGCUCCUGCAAAUGCAUGGGCGCAGCGAGAGGCCAUGCGGUCCGCAUUUGUCUCCGUGCAAAAGAAAAAAGAGAAUUCGCCACAACCACCGAAUCCGCUCACUCUGCCGUUGCCCAACGACUCUGACGCAAGUGUGAGGGAAUUUUUCAAGAGGGCACUUACACCGAGCUGAAUCAAUGUAACAGAAGAUCUGUGCGCUUAAAGAAUUUAAAUUUCUAAUUAUUUUUUUAGCAAUUUGAUAUUUUGACAGCAAAUUCAAAACAUUGAACUAAGCGGAAUAAUUUUUACCGUAGACAUUAUGUAGACAAAAUCAAUUUUUCUGUAAUAUAUAUAUUUUACAAAAUGAAAAUUUAGUUGUUAUGAUUCAAGAAUGUAAAAACGACUCUUUAUUUAAGAAGGCUCA